CGCUCAUCAGCUUCCUUCUUUCGCAGAUAUGUUUCUGAAGAACAUUCUUACUUCGGCUGCAGUUCUGAGCAGCACUGUCUUUGCGCAGAGCAAAGCUGGUGUCGAAGAUCUCAACGACCCCGGCAAUGAUCUCUACGUGAAGGACCUCUCCAAAUGCCCUGGCUACAAGGCCACGAAGCAUUGGAAGACUCGGUCUGGUUUCUACGCCGACUUGUCUCUUGCGGGAGAGGCUUGCAAUGUCUUUGGGACUGACCUUCCAAACCUCAAGUUGGAAGUCGAGUACCAGACCGAAGACCGGCUGCAUGUGAAGAUCCUGGAUACCAACAACACCGUCUACCAGGUUCCCGACAGUGUCUUCCCGCGCCCGGGCUUCGGUCAAUGGAGCUCUCCAAAGGACUCCAACCUCAAGUUCGGCUUCACUGCCGAUCCGUUCUCAUUCACGGUCUCCCGGUCUGACACGGGGGAAGUGCUCUUCGACACAACGGGCAAUAAGCUCGUGUUCGAGAGCCAGUACGUCUAUCUCAAGACGCACCUCCCGCAGAGUCCUCACUUGUACGGGCUCGGCGAGCACAGCGACUCGUUCAUGCUCAACACGACCAACUACACCAGAACCAUCUACACGCGUGAUUCGUACGGCACGCCUCAGGGACAGAACCUCUACAGUGCCCAUCCCAUCUACUUCGACCACAGGAAUACUGGCACCCACGGAGUCUUCCUGCUCAAUUCCAACGGCAUGGAUAUUUUCAUCGACAACAAAGACGGGGAUCAGUUCCUCGAGUACAAUAUCAACGGCGGCGUUCUCGACUUUUACUUCAUUUCUGGGCCCUCUCCCCGGGACGUCGCCCAGCAGUACGCCGAGAUUACGCAAUUGCCACUCAUGACACCGUACUGGGGCCUCGGGUUCCACCAGUGCAGGUACGGCUACCGAGACGUUUACGAGGUUGCGGCUGUUGUGGCCAAUUAUUCAACUCACGAUAUUCCCCUCGAGACAAUGUGGACUGAUAUCGACUAUAUGGAUCGUCGCCGCGUCUUUACCAUCGACCCGGAAAGGUUUCCGGCCGAUCUGUACAAGGACCUCGUGGACACGAUCCAUGCAAGAGAUCAGCACUACAUCGUCAUGGUCGAUCCCGCCGUCUUCUACAAGGAAUCCAAUCCGGCACUCGACGCAGGCCUAAAGUACGAUACGUUCAUGAAGAACCCCGAUGGUACCGACUACCAGGGCGUCGUCUGGGCUGGUCCAAGCUACUUCCCCGACUGGUUCAAUCCCAAGUCCCAGCAAUAUUGGUCUGAGCAGUUCCUGGGGUUCUUCGACGGAGUCCACGGCCCGGACAUCGAUGCCCUGUGGAUUGAUAUGAACGAGCCCGCCAACUUCUACAACCGUCCAUACCCCGGGAACAACACUACACCAGAGAAAUUUGCCGAAGUAGACGGAGACCCUCCCAUUCCGCCACCAGUCAGAGACGGUCCGGAUGCUCCUAUUCCCGGCUUUCCAGACAGCCUUCAGCCAAACUUUGCCUCCAAUGAGGCUGCCAAACGCGAGGCUGCUGUUGUGCAGACCUCUCACACUUCAUCUCACCCCCGUAGCACACGAGGUGGUGGCCAUUGGCGUUCCAGCAAGCGUCAAUCAAGUCAAGGCAUCUUCAGUCGUUCAAAGCCUCAGUGGCAGAACGGCAAACAAAGUGGCUCAGGCUGCGGACCCAACCAAUGCAAAGGUCUUCCCAACCGCGACCUGAUCCGAACUCCGUACAUGAUUCAGAACGGUGCUGGCGCAACACUUUCCGAUAGCACCGUCGACACGGAUCUGGUCCAGAGUGGCGGGUAUGUCCAGUUGGAUACACAUAACUUGUACGGGGCCAUGAUGUCGACGCGUUCACACAAUGCCAUGCGUGCCAGACGUCCAGACGAUCGCGCCCUUGUCAUCACCAGGAGUACAUUCGCUGGCUCCGGCAAGGACGUGUCUCAUUGGCUUGGAGAUAAUAUUUCCGGUUGGCUCUGGUAUCGUCUGUCCAUCAGCCAGGUCCUCCAAUUUGCGUCUCUAUACCAGAUCCCCGUUGUUGGCCCUGACGUUUGCGGCUUCGGCGGCAAUGUCACUGAGACUCUCUGCGCGAGAUGGGCAUCACUUGGGUCCUUCUAUACUUUCUUCCGGAACCACGCCGAGAUCAGUUCCACGUCACAAGAGUUCUACCGCUGGCCAUCUGUUGCCCAGGCCGCCCGGAAAGGCAUUGCUAUCCGAUACCAACUUCUUGACUACAUCUACACGGCCAUCUACAAACAGAAUCAGACUGGCACCCCGACACUGAACCCUUUGUUCUUCAAUUACCCCAACGACCCCAACUCCUUUUCCAUCGACCUGCAGUUCUUUUACGGCGAUGGAAUCCUCGUAAGCCCCGUCACAGAGGAGAAUAGUACUAGCCUCAGCUACUAUUUGCCCGACGACAUCUUCUAUGAAUGGGGCACGGGCAAGCCGGUCCGUGGGCGGGGCGAAUACGUCUCCGCUACGGUUGACUACACAGACAUCACGAUCCACUACAAAGGCGGUAUCGUGUACCCUCAGCGCAUCGAGAGCGCCAAUACUACCACAGCUCUGCGCACGAAGGGCUUCAACAUCGUCGUCGCCCCUGGUCUAGAUGGUACUGCCGAGGGCUCGCUGUAUCUCGACGACGGCAAGUCUGUUGUGCCGGAUGCUGUGUCGGAGAUCGACUUCAAGUACGCCAACGGCAAGUUUAGCAUGACUGGUUCUUUCGAGUAUGACGCUGGUGUCAGUAUUGAGGCCAUCACUGUGCUUGGUGUUAAGUCUAAGCCGAGGGGUAUUAAGAAUGCGGAAUAUGAUGCGAAGAACAGGAAACUGGUUCUGCAUGUUGAUGUGCCUUUGACAAGAAAGUACAAGACACGCAUUCUAUAGCUUAAGGGGGAAGUAUGAUACUGUCUUGAAUCUAUUCCAUACCUGAUUGAGAUGAAUAUUGUGCUACAGACCCUCAUGGAGAGCCAUUCGGCCAUUGAAAGUCUUUCCAACACAACUCCAGUAUUCGCAUUUGAUCAAGGUCUUGUAGGACGUCAUCCCAAGGAAUGAAUGAAUCUCAAUCUGCAGUGUCCAAUACACCCAGGUCAAACACGUCCUGCCAUAAAGAUCGUUAGCGACAAACAUUCCAGGGAUGACAAAAUAACAAGACGAGGUCUUUUUCGUUCUAUUUUGUGGCCUUUCAACUAGGACUUUCAACCCUAUUGGACGAUCGGGUUUUUUUUUUUAACAAAAUGCGUCAUAGCUCCUACAAUCCAAACAGGAUUCACAAUUAACCCAAUUGGGCGGACUGUUUCCCUUGCACCAUCCUGAUGCAGAGUGUAUUAUUCGUUAGC